CAGAGUUUGAAACAGGACAGGUGAUUAGCGUUUCUGGCUUUUAAAUCCUGUACAUUUGGGAUUAUAAUAAACUAUUCAGCGUUACAGCCCGGUUAGCUGUAACCUCUCGACAGAGGAAUCGUUAAAGUGGAUAAAUAUCAAAAAAUGGAAGGAACGGUUAAACGACGAAACAAAGCCCUGCAGAGCACGGAUACAGAGAAUCCAACAGCUAAUCAAGAAGAUGAGGAGAAGACGCAGCAGAACCUGAGAAGCACGCUGAAGUACUACUUUAAUAGAUUUAGGUACUACCAUUACUGUAUCGCUGAAAAAGUGGACACUAUGAUCGGUGUCGUGUGCCUCGCAAUAAUCAAAAUUUAUUUUUUCCUAAUGGGAUGGGGCACCCAGCUUAGCCGGCAAGACGACGAAACGAUGGGCAUGAUGGGUAUGGAUGAUGAAUGAUUCGUCCAAUUUAAAAAUUUCUCUUUAUUCAUGGCACAAUUCGAAUAACACAUUUCUUAAACGACAUUCUCAAUAUUUUUUUAA